AUGGACGUUGAUCGCAAUCAACCAUUUUUUGUGCAACUGGUCGGCAAAUCAACAGGAUCAGGAUUCGUUCUACUGCGACAGAUCGAAACAUCGGGAGACUGGUGUCCGCUUCCAACGGUGUCACAGUACGCGUGUAAAAAGUUGUCCUGCACAUUUCAGCAAUCUUUUUGCAAUUAUAUGACAGAUACAAGUCAACAAGCAAAUAUUCUCUUCACGCUAAAUACAAAAGGUUAG